AUGUCACUAGGGUGCCGGUACCAGUACCGGUACUGGUACCAGUGCGGGAUGCGACUGCCCCUGGCAGAGGCACAGCGGUGGACCAGUACCAGUGCCACUGAGCGCCGGUACUGGUUUUGUACUGGUGCCGCUGUGGUCACUGUGUGGCGUGGGCCUGGUGGGGAGGACGCUGGUGCCAGUAACAGCGUGGGGUCGGUGGAGCACUGGUACCGGUACCCAUGCGGGGUUGGUAGUGGUACUGGUGCACGUGUGCAGCGGGGGUACUGGUACCAGUACCGCUGUGGGAUCGGCAGGGUGUGGCACUGGAACCGGUGCCAGGCUUUCUUCUGGCUGGUGUCGCUGCUGCUCUCCUCCCUCGUCUGGUUCAUCGCCGUCAAGGCCAGCGACCCCCGCGAUGAGCGGUUGCAGAAGGGGCUCUUGAUAUUUGGGGUGAUGUUCUCCGUGCUGCUGCAGGAGGUCUUCCGAUUCCUCUACUACAAGCUCCUCAGGAAGGCCAUCGAGGGGCUGGUGGCCCUCAGCGAGGAUGGCUGCUCCCCCAUUUCCAUCCAGCAAAUGGCGUAUGGGCCGGGGGGGAGCCGGGGGGGGAUGAGCGGCGCCUUCUCCAUGAUCAAUCUCCUGGCAGACGCACUGGGGCCCGGCACGGUGGGCAUCCACGGGGACUCGCAGCUCUACUUCCUGACCUCAGCUUUUAUGACCAUGGUGCUGAUUUUCCUUCACACCUUCUGGGGGAUCCUCUUCUUCCACGGCUGUGAGCAUCGGCGCUGGUGGGAGAUCACAGCGGUUGUUGUCAUGCACCUUGCUGUUUCGGGGUCGACGUUUUGCAACCCCCUGUACGUGGGCAGCCUGGUGCCCUCCUACCUGCUGAUGGCCACUGCUGCUGCCUGGGCUUACCUGCUCUCGGGGGGAUCUGCCCAGAACCUGCGGCGCUUCCUGCUCUGUCUACAGAGCGGAGCCAGCCCCCAGCCGGGAUCCUGA